UGAAUAUUGGUAAAUGGAUCAGAAUGCAAAAUUAUUUUUUCGUUCCUAUAAAAAUCAGUUACAGCUGGUAAUUUUUUUAGAAUUUAAAGUAGCUAUACUCUUAUUGCAUACACUUAUGCAGAAUGAGCUCAUCUCCAAAUUCCGACGAUGAUAGGAAAAUCGAGUUUAAUCCGCUUCUGCUAAAUGGUAGCCGAAAAAGCGCUUUUCUGCCUUACAAACCAACCAACACAGUCCUAACAAAUUUGCAACGGGGCAAUACCGAAGCAAGCAUACCUAGUGAAAUCUGUUUGAACUUCCACGAAAAAACUGGCCAAGGCGAGAUCACUGAAGAACAAAUUCGCGCAGAAAAAUCGGUGGACACUGUCGACUCAAAUAGCUAUACUCCGCUGCAUUGGGCCUGCUAUUACGGGCAACUUUCAUCAGCCCAAAUUCUGAUCAACUGUGGAGCGGAUGUCAACCGUCAGGCAAUCGAUAUGGUCACUCCGUUGCUGCUUGCAGCCGCCGGUGGUCAUCAUGAAAUCGUCCGGCUGCUGCUUCAGAAAGGUGCCAAUGUGAACCACAUGGAUGUGAUUGGUAAUACCGCACUAAUGUAUGCUGCUGCUGGGAAUCAUCCGCACACGUGCAAUGAGUUGCUCAGCCGCUGUGCCAAGUUUACCGAUAGUAACGAAGAGGGCGAAACAGCCUACAGCUUGGCUGUGAAGAACCAAGCUGGUUUGUCUCAGGCUGUGCUGGAAAAUUACAUUACGGCACUGUUGAUGUCGUAGCUAGUUAGUAGUUUACAUGAGCUGUUUGUGCAUUUUUUACCACUAGCUUUUAAAUUUGAAGUUAUAUUCAAAUAUCAAUAUACAUGUUUUAUGUAAUAA